AUGCAGCUCCGCUCGCCUUUUUCCUCGCCUCUUCUUCUUUUGGCCCUGGCCGACGUCAGUCUCGCAGCUCGCGCUGAGGAGGCUCUGGCCGCACUAUCACUUGUCAACAUCGGUGACGUCCGCGGAAACAUUCACCUUCCCGCCGAGGCGGAUGGUCUUGCCAUCACUUGGCACAGCAGCAAUGCCGAUGUGCUGGCGACGGACGGCGUUGUGAAGCGCCAGUCUGCAACUGAGGAGGUCGUUUUGACGGCUUCUGUUGAAUUCGAGGGGGCCCAGCACGAGCGCCAGUUCAACGCCUCGGUUCGUCAAGCCGUCCAGCUUGACGCUUUCGAGGCUUACGCCUUUUCCUACUUCACCGGCUCCAGCCUCGAGGGCGAGAACAUCUUUUUCGCCGCGAGCAACGGUAAUGAUGCGCUCUCCUGGCAGGAACUGAACGGAGGCCAGCCCGUUCUGCGGUCCAAAUAUGGCACCAAAGGCCUGCGAGACCCCUUCAUCAUCCGUUCGCCCGAGGGCGAUACCUUCUAUAUGAUCGCUACCGACCUCUCCAUCGGCAGCGGCACGUCCUGGGACUCCGCGGUCCGCCAGGGCAGCCUCUACCUCGAGGUCUGGGAAUCAAAUGACCUCAUCAACUGGUCUGAGCAGCGCCACAUCCUCGUCUCUCCCGAGACGGCCGGCAACACGUGGGCACCUGAGGCCUUUUGGGAUGCCGAGAGCGGCUCCUACGCCGUCUUCUGGGCCUCUUCGCUCUAUGCCGAGAACGAUCCCCAGCACACGGGCAGCACGUAUCACCGCAUGCUGUACUCGUUGACGCGCGACUUUGUCACCUUUUCCGAGCCUAAGAUCUGGCAGGAUGCCGGAGACGCCCGCAUCGACACGACCGUCCUCCAGGCUAACGGUGUUCUCUACCGCUUCACCAAAGAUGAGGGCUCCGCCACCGGGUGCAGGGACAUCAUCCAGGAGACUUCCGACUCUCUGCUUGCAGGUAUGGACGGCUGGACGACUCAGGCCAGCUGCAUCGGACGCGAUGCUGGUCUCAGUGCCGUUGAAGGCCCGACCGCCUUCCGGUCCAACCCCAACGACGUCAACGGCGACAAGUUCUACCUCUUUGCCGACGAGUAUGGUGGCCGUGGCUACAUUCCCCUCGAGACUACUGAUCUGAACAACCCCGAUUGGAAGGUUUCUGCAUCAUACAGCCUGCCUACGAGCCCGCGCCACGGUACCGUUAUUGGCGUGACGGCCGCUGAGCACCAGGCUCUUGUCAGCGCUCUCAGCAACCGUCGGGCUCGCCGAUCCAAGAACUCCAAAACUAUCCGACAGGCUGCAGAGCCAGUUGACCCGAUCGUCAACGAAACGCUCCAUACCGUCAUCUUUCCUGUCGUCCCUGGCACCGAUGUCACAAAUCUCGCCCCCACCUUCGUCACGGCCGACGGUGUCAGUGCCUCGCCCGAGUCUGGCACGGCGGUAAAUCUAUCUUCCAAGGUGGUCUACACGAUAACAAACAGCGAUGGUUCAACAACCGAGUGGGCUCUCUCGGCCGUGGAGAUGCGGAGCCCCGUGCUCCCCGGUCUCUGGGCCGACCCGAACAUUGCCGUCUUCGACAACACAUACUACCUUAUCGGACACAAUGCUAUCUACGACCGCAAGACGAUCGGCGUGGCGGUGGCCGACCACCCUGAAGGGCCGUUCACGGCGGAACCAGAGGCGAUGAUUCUCAACGACGGAACGCCCAAGACGGGCCAGGCGAUCGAUCCAGCAACCUUUGAGGACCCCGAGACGGGCAAGUGGUACAUAUACUGGGGCAAUGGUAACCCGGGCCUCGUGGCGGAGCUCGGCGAUGACAUGGUGUCGCUCAAGGCGGGCACGACACGGGUGUUGGAAGGACUCGUGGAUUUCCGCGAGGGCGUCUUCAUGAACUACCGUGACGGGGUGUAUCAUCUCACCUACUCGAUCGACGAUACGGGGUCGGUCAAUUACCGCGUGGGAUAUGCGACAGCAGACAAUGCCCUCGGCCCGUUCACAUAUCACGGUGUGAUCCUCGAAAAGGAUCCUUCGCAAGGCAUCCUGGGCACGGGACACAGCUCCGUGCUCAAUGUGCCCGGGACGGACGACUGGUACAUUGUGUACCACCGAUUCGGGAUCCCUGGCGGCGGCGGGUUCCGGCGGGAGACGACGAUUGACAGGCUUGAGAUUGACGGCGAGACGGGGUUGUUCAAGAAGGUGACGCCGACGCUGGAGAGCGUGGGACCGCACAAGGUUCCUGUGGCGUGGUCAAGGCGACAUUUCAGUUGGAGAGGAUAG